GACUGUUUUCUCUAACCCUAGGACGAGCAAAGUACUGAUGAAUGAACCUGGCCAGUCUUCAAGCGUGGUGGUGCGCGAGCGUAGUUGUAGGAUGAGGAUGGCCGGCGUGGAAGUCGGCAAGACAACGGGGAGCCAUGAGUGUGGCGGCUGUGGCAAGCGCAUCAACGACCGCUAUCUCCUGAAAGCGGUCGACCUCUACUGGCACGAGGAUUGUCUCAAAUGUGGAUGCUGCGACUGUCGGCUCGGCGAGGUCGGCUCCACGCUCUACAAAAAGGCCAACCUGCUUCUCUGCAAGCGUGACUAUCUAAGAUUGUUUGGGACCACCGGCCACUGCUCGGCCUGCAACAAAGUCAUCCCCGCCUUCGAGAUGGUGAUGAGAGCGAAAACCAACGUGUAUCACCUGGAGUGCUUCGCCUGUCAACAGUGCAACCACAGAUUCUGCGUGGGAGAUCGAUUUUACCUGUGUGACAACAAGAUCCUGUGCGAGUACGACUACGAGGAGCGCAUGGUGUUUGCCAACAUGUCUUACUCCUCAGACUCCCUGGCGCACAUCAAGCGACAAGUUAGUGACCUCCAGCAGCCCCCGGAGGAAUCUGGCUUGGCUCAACGUGGCGGCACUCCCACCCACGGCGCGGCCCUCCCUCAGCAGCCCGCACAGCACCACCAAAUGGGGAUGAACGGCAUGAGUCUCGGCAGCGGCGUCAGCAGCGGCCCGGGCACCUCGGGGAUGCUCCUCCCCACGUCUCUUGGGGAUAGAGGAGGCCUCGGGGAGCCGCAAAUCGGGGUCGGAGACGGCGUCCUGAAGGCCCCUGCCGCCCCCCAGCAGCCCAACAGCUCCAACCAGGCGGUGGCUGACGACGCCUCGAGCGGCUACGGCAGUCCCGACUCUCUCACCAUGGAGGACCGAUGAGACGCGGCUGGGAGGGGGCGGAAAAGACGGCGGACAUGACCAACGCAGGCUCCGUCGCAGCUCCCUGCAAUGUCACAGGCACAACCACCGCCACUGCCACAAGCUUCGUCAUCACAACAGUUUCCAUUCCCAAUGCCACAGCUGCCGCCGCCGUACGUGUCUCAUCUGCCGUCGACGAUGUCACAGCUACUACCGCGGCCCCAGGCACAGGGAAGGCCCACCCAACAGCCGUCCAUGCUGCCUGGGAUGACCUCGACCGCCUCAGAGAUGAUCCGAGGAGCAGGUCCGCCCACACAGCUGCAGCCUCAGUGGCCGCCUCAGUUUUAACUCCUCGAGACAAGAAUAUCCAGCGCACCCACUUUUAGACGCUGGAGUCAGCUCGCCGCCGGGAAUCCAAGAAAAACAUCCUUGGGUUCCCUGGCUGGAUUUGUAGUCUCGCUGAGAGGAAGCAAGAGGCUGUGGCAAACAGUGACAGUAGCACGGAGCUCCAGCGAUGGACCAAGCCCCCGCCUGUAACCCCCUCCCAAGGUCUCUAACAGCCCCAGCACCCGCGGACCCCAGACAGCGGUCCGCGCGAGUUGUCGGCGGCGGACCCAACACCCCGUCAAGCACGAAGACUCGGCCGCCGAGGAAGCAUGGGCGCUGCCACGAUUCUUUAUCUCGCUAACAGAAAGAAGCAUGGACUGGUGAAUGCUUUUUACGGCUCUGUUAUGUGAUAUGUAAAGCAUUACUGUAAAGAAUGAUGGAAAACUCAAAGCAACAUAAGUAAUAUUAUUUGUAAAUAUAACUUUAAGGAUACAAUGUGAGAUAAUGAACUCCCUGUUUUCGUGUGAGGUUGGUUCCGGGGAGACCCUCAAUGCAUGUACAGUGACGGAACACUCUUCCUAUCUUGGUGUGCCAUAAAGACCUACUCUUAGCAGUUAAUUAGUUUUCGGUUGACGCUACAGCCUUGAGGAUUGCACAAGCUGCGCUAGUCAAGUGAGGGAGCAGAACACGAGCAUGUAAACGAAAACAAACCCAAAUUGCUCGCGAGUACCUGUGUGGCGCCAAAGGACUGAGCACCGCCUGUCUGGAGGCGGCUCAAGUGUAUAAUCCUCGUCACAUGAGAAACUAACAUGCUCUGAAAAUGCUUGUUUAUGUUCUCUCAUACGUAAUCAGAGUAGUUCCAUAACGAACAAUAAGACCGUACAAGGGCAAGUAGCACCGGACAGGUUGAUUGUAUAUAAUGUGCACAUUUGCUUUCACCAACCUGAUCUGGCUUCCCAUUUUCUAUACACACCUAGUCGCAGCUCACACUAAUUUGCGCUGUAUCGCGACGUAACUUCGCAAGAACUACAUUUUACGUCAGUGUCUUGCCGGCGAGCUCUUGCGGCAAAGUAAUCCUGCAGCCCAGGAGGGGCCACUGCGGGGUGGCGGCAGCCUUCGCCUCCUGGGACGGUGUGCCCGCGGAGGCCCGGCGGUGUCCGCCCCGAUCUGGGCCGACGGAAGCCGCGGAGGGCGGCUGGCGGGAGCCUCGCUGACGGAGUGUGGAGCCUCGAAAAUUACGUUGUCAUACAGUAAAUGUGAUACUUGUCGACGGCGGAUACAAAUAUGUGAGAGUAAAUGAGUGAAAGAAUACAUUAUUCCAUAACGAAAAAAAAAAUUGCAGACACAAAUCAGUUUUUCUUAUUUCUUUUGGUUUACAAUACAAAAAUUUAUGGAAUAAUGGCAAUUGGUGGUGUGUGAACGGAAUCGUUAUGGCUGUUUUCGCAUUCUUGUUGUUCAUUUACUGUAUGUACAAAGUUUAAAUGUUAUCAUCAAGGACAUUAAAUGAUUAUAAUAAUUAUCAUAACUGUUUCCAUAAUUAUGUUUCAUUCUACUUAGUUGUAAUAAUUCAGCAGCCUCAUCACGCCCAACCUUUGAGUUGUGCCACUGUCCCUCGCGCCCCCCGGCGUCCGGCGCCCGGCGCGGGGCGCGAGAACCCCCGGUCCCCCCCCGCCAUGCACUACCGACAAUACAAGUCACUUUUCUCAUCACCCGUUUGAACAAUAGGAAGGAAUCUGCGAUUUCUCAUGGUAGAAUCUCACCGCGGUGCCUCCAGGAGGACAGCGCUCCUGGCGCGGCACGGCGGCGAGCACUUCUGCUGCUUCUCCUUGGCGCCUCGCACCGGCUGCACCCCCUCCCUCCCCCACUCCAAAGUACCCGCCGACGGACGGGUCUGCGUCAGCUCAAUCACUCGAAUCGUAUAUUUAAGUCUACACGAGUAUUAAAUCUCAAGUGGAUACAAUUUUUAACAGUCUAAAGAAGACUUGGGAUUCUUUUCUCCCAACUUUCGAGAGUUGGGCGGUUGGUCCUUGCGUCUCCCAGUGCGUCAGACACAGUCACCUUGUGUCCCGGUAACCCUAAAGACCCACCCGGGGUCGCGGCGAGGCGUGGGAAGUAGUGGAUCGGUGCAGCGGCGCGUUCCUUCACUCCCAGGGGUUGGGCCUAUUUUUGCAGGGUGUCGCGCAUCCGUGUCCCCCACUGUACAGAGAACGAACGGCCUCACCCACCCAUGGUACAACACAACCACAUACGCGACAGCAGAUAUAAAUAUUACGUGAAUUAUCUGAACUUAUCAUCCUCAAGUAUACGCUAACUCUUAUUUGACACACGGGGCUCACGCGGCCUCAUCAGCUCGUCUGCGGCCCUUGUGAGGCUCGCUGGCGGGGCGUCGCUGGGCAGCCUGUGAACCGAAUUUUGUUCAUAUUUAUUGAAAGUGUAUGUAGUGGCGUCCAGUGCUAAGGUACAAGCCAAGCAAACCCCAGCGACAAAAACUAUGAGUUCCUCAGAGAUGAUGUGAAGCAGAGCCCAAGGGCGCCUUGCCUCCUGUGGCGGACUUCUACCUUGGCACGGACGCGGCCCCCCGAUGUCUUUGUUAAACUGUACAUGUGCUCAACGACCUUCACACUCGUUUACCUGCGUUUUCUGUUGAUGAUCAUUUUCAUAUUCAGAGGGAGUGCCUAAAGACAUCAGGACAUCAGAUUCUGUCGGUCCAGAAGCAUCAGUACAGUAACUCUCCUUCAAAAUGCGAAAUACAUGUACCAAAAAUUGUUAGAUAUUGUAUAUGUGGAGAAACAAAUUAAUUGUAUAAACAAUGUUUUCAUAAUAAUUGGAAUAAAUACUAUAAAUUAUUUAUGUGAUGAGGACAGCGGCUCCAGUCGCGGCGCCGCGUGGUCCUUGCCAGAGCACAUUGACGGGCUUCUCCGCCGCUUGUUGGCCUUCACUUCCUUUAGUCGACGUUGCAUUUCCAGCCUCAUGGCGACUCUGAUUUCACGAACAGGAAACAAAGUGGUAAUUGGACCUUUAUUAACUUAUUUGUUUACUCUUUUUAUAUAUAAAUAGAAUAUACAGAUUUUUUUUCCUAUUCAAUUUAAAUAAGAUUUGAUGGUCUUCAUAUACUUUUAUAACAUUCCUGUGUCCCUCUCCCUUUUCCUCUCCGGGUUCCUCAUAAAACGAGCACAAAGCUAACACUAAAUUUACCGCUAGACAUUCCCGCGGCCGCCACGGCAGGAGGCUGGCUGUGUCCCGCCGCAAGGUCGGGCUGCCUCUGAUUUUAAGAAGUGAAUCAGUUUACUUAAGAGGUUUAAAAAACGUUAGAAAAUCCAGCUGCUGGCAUGUGCAUGGCACUUGAGGCCCAACCUUACCAUACGCUGCAGGCCGCACGCUCUUGUCUUGUUACUGUAAUUUGAUUAAAGUUCAAGUCGCAGCCUAAUGACUGCGAGAAGCCAACUGGUGCAGGCUGCCUAACAUCCACGACGCCCACCAGUCGUCCGGAUCUUAGGCACGCAAGCUGCGGGCGGCCGGUGACUGGAGGCCGGUGGCGUGCAGUGCGGCGGCCGCUGUGGGCUGUGGCAAGACUCGCACUGCUAACGAUUCCUGGCUGGACGAGGCCAGCCAGAGUCGACAGUAGGUGAUGCAGGCCUUCUGCAGGUGCAGGCUGCCCUGUGUGUUAAGUGUCUGGGGUAGUGACGUGUCUGCCGAUCCCCUUCGCCACCGAGCAGGCAGCGGGAAGGCCAGAGUAGUGCGCCGCCCCAGACCUCAGUACAGGCAAGGCAGAGUGUGCCGCAGUGCAUCCACUGCAGGCGCGUCCGCUCUACCACAGUCACCGGCGCUGGCAGCGGACUCUGUCACUCUGAGUACAGUCACUAGUGCAGGCCGCAGACUAGUCCCUUCUUGACCCCCUCCCACUCUUGUUACCAAAGUUAUUGUCUAGAAUUGCACUUUUCUUAAAGUGAAUAUAUUUUGUACAAAGGAA